AAAGGCUGCUGGUGUGGAUGGUGUCCUGAAGCGGAAACCGCUAAACCCGCCGCUCCAACCGAUGCUUGUUGGGAUGUUGCUGCUGCUGUCCCUGCUAUUGGCAGUAGAUGGGGUGGUGGCCCAAGCGUGCCGCUGAUGGUGGUCACCUGCUGCGAGCGUUGCAUCAGAGACGCCGAAAGUGAGGAUGGGGGCAGUGGCAAAGGCAGGGCUAGCAGCUGGAUCCAGGACCAGCACUGCUGA